AUGCACUCCAUCCCUCGACUGGUUUUCCUCGCGCUAGGAAUAUCACCUCUCGCCUGGGCUCAGCUGGAGACAAUCGACAUCACCACCUCUGGCAUUCCUCGGACCAGUUCAACCUCAUCGACCGACUCGCCCUCAUCGUUAUCCUCAAGCUCGACCUCCAGCUCAGCAUCAUCGACAUCAACCCCGCCCCCUACCUCCCUAUCCAGCACCACAACCGCAACCGCAACCGCAACCGCAACCACAACCACCCUUAACAACCCACUGGACCUCACCACAAUCUUCACCCAACCCGCCGACUGCGCCACUGGAAUAACCGAGAUAGCAGCCUGGUCCACUGAACUCUGGCAAAACAUCAUCAACCCGGUUCCCACCCUAACGCUAUCCUCCUGCUACCCCAGCCAAUUCUACUACAGCGCAAUAGCAACCACAAUCCUUCCACCAUACGCCCAGUUAGUCUGCCCACUGAACUGGGAGGUGUACAACCUCACCGAGACGUAUCUCGUCUGCUGUCCGAGCGGGUACGGAGUCUACUUGCCCAACUACCACAAGACGACGCGCCCCGGGCUGGGCGCCGUCUGCACGUCCAAUGUCUGGCCGAGCGUGCUGAUGGACAUCACCCGCUACGAUGCCGCGGGGAAGGUGACGGUUAUUCCGACCUCUGCAGGGGAGGACGUGACGGUGGUGUUUGCGACGGCGUUUGAUGGGACCGUGGCUACGGUUGUGGGUAAGGCUACGGCGACGGCCGGGGGGAUCUCUGGUUCUUCGGGCGAGGGGUCUGCAGGGCUCGAUGAGUCAUUGAAAGAAAGGGAGAGUACUAAAUGCUGA